CUCCGACAUGAUAGAGACACUGACACCGAUAAUAAUUUGAAAAAAAGAAAUAAUUCAAUAUAAUCAUAAGUGUCGCGCGCCUAAUGUGAGGAGUGUCCGCGGGUGUGUUUCAGGAAGUUAUAUAUUGAUCAUAAAUUCUAAAUAAACAAAAAGGACAAAAAAAAACUGAACCAUUAUCAAUGUCUUCGCAUUCCAAAUUCUUCUCAUCGUUAAAACAGGUUGAAAAAAGGAUAAAAUUAGAGAACACAACAACAACAAAAACAACAGAAUCUGACCAAGUACAAGAAAGCAACUUUGUAUCAACAUUGAGUUCACCUUUGUUCCUUCAACCAAGUUGUAGCCAAACAUGUCAAACCCAAGAAAGCAGUGAACCUCCUCAACAGUUUCUCUCAAUUUCUCAAGGAUUCUCACUGACCCAUCAAGACCCUUUAGAUGACCCUACAAUUGUAAAUGAAGGUCAAGAAGAUGUUGAUGAAAUUGAACAGUUAAUGAUGCUAUUAGGAAUGAAUGAGGAAAAAAGGGGUGGUUUUGAUUUUGAUGAUGAUGAUAAUGAUUGUGAUUCUUGUCACUGUGAAGGAGGGUUUUAUUCAAAGAUUGUUGGUGUGGAAGGACCAAAGUGUAAAAAAGAGGUUUUGAGAUUAAAUGGGUGGAUCAAGCAUUUUUUGAAUGAUGGAGUGGAGAAGAAAGAGCCUUUGAGGUUGGCACAUUUGCUUUUAGGAAAAGCUGCUUUUUUUUCUGAGGCUGGUUUUUCAGGCUUGGAUUUCCCUUCAACCAUUCAAGAAUUUCUUCAUACUGAUCCUCCGAGUAACGAGUAAAUCAGCAUUUUAGUUAUUGAAAUUGUUAGUGUCGUCAAUUUAGUCCCUCAAAUGUGUAAAAUAACAAUUUAGUAUCUUAAAUUGAAUGAGGGUCAGUCACUUUAGUCAUUUUUUAUGGAGAGACUAAGUUGAUCGACUUUCUUUAAUUUAAGGGAUUAAUUUGUUAUUUCGUAAUUUAGUAUCUUAAACUGAAUGUCGGAUAACAAAAGAGAAAUUUUGAUGGAGAGACUAAAUUGAUUGAUUUUCUUUAAUUUAAGGGACUAAUUUGUUAUUUCGUAAAUUUGAGGUAUGAAAUUGGUUGGCCCUUACAAUUUGGAGGACCAAAAUGCUUAUUUACUCCCCAGUUAUUGAAGCUUUGUUGCUUAUUUUAUGAUAUUUUUCUUCGUAGUUGAUGUAUGCAAAUGCAAUAAAUUUGUUUCACUGCUUAAAAUUUCUCAAAGAUACUUUUGAGUCUUUAUAACAUACAGUAUUAUUUUAAUUCCAAA